AUGAUUAAGUGCUGGUCAGCGGUUUUGUUUCUUGGAUUGAUUUUUCUGAGAGCAGAAGGAAGGCCAACAAAGGAAGGAGGAUAUGGCCUAAAAUCCUAUCAGCCACUAGUAAGAUUGAGACACAAGCAGGAAAAAAGUCAAGAAAGUUCAAGAAGCAAGGGGUAUCUCAAUCAGGAUGGUCCACUUGUAUCCUGUGAAAAUAAGUACUGUGGCCUGGGAAGGCACUGUGUUAUUAACAGAGAGACUGAGCAAGCUGAGUGUGCAUGCAUGGACCACUGCAAGCCUCACUACAAGCCUGUGUGUGGGUCAGAUGGAGAAUUUUAUGAAAACCACUGUGAAGUACACAGAGCUGCCUGUCUGAAAAAACAGAAGGUGACCAUAGUUCACAAUGAAGAUUGCUUCUUCAAAGGGGACAAGUGCAAAGCUACUGAAUUCAGCAAGAUGAAAAAUAGGUUCUUAGAUCAACAAAACCAGAAGUAUGUUACACAGGAAAAUGAAAACCCACCAGAAGAUGAAAUAGUUCGGAAGAAGCUGCUGGUGGAUCAAAUGUUUAAAUAUUUUGACUCUGACAACAAUGGACUUGUAGACAGUAAUGAACUAUCUCAGGUAAUAAAACAGGAUGAACUUGGCAAGGAUCUGUCUGAUUGUUCACUGUUUGAUCUGCUGAAAUAUGAUGACUUUAACUCGGACAAGCAUCUAGCCCUUGAAGAAUUCUACAGAGCAUUCCAGGUUAUCCAAUUGAGUCUACCCGAGGAUCAGAAACUGAGCAUCACGGCAGCAACAGUUGGCCAGAGUGCUGUUCUAACCUGUGCUAUUCAGGGAGCCCUGAGACCUCCCAUCAUUUGGAAGCGUAAUCAUGUGGUUCUAAAUAACUUAGAUUUGGAAGACAUCAAUGAUUUUGGAGAUGAUGGAUCCCUGUACAUUACUAAGGUUACCACCACACAUAUGGGGAAUUACACCUGUUAUGCAGAUGGCUAUGAUAAACUAUAUCAGACUCAUAUCUUCCAAGUAAAUGUUCCACCAGUUAUCCGUGUGUACCCAGAGAGCCAGGCCAGAGAACCCGGUGUAACAGCUAGUCUCCGCUGCCAUGCAGACGGCAUACCCAAACCACAGCUUGGAUGGCUGAAGAAUGGAAUUGACAUUACUCCAAAACUAUCUAAGCAGCUAACUCUUCAAGCAAAUGGCAGCGAAGUUCACAUCAGCAAUGUGCGCUAUGAAGAUACAGGAGCAUACACCUGUAUCGCUAAGAAUGAAGCAGGGGUAGAUGAAGACAUCUCUUCUCUAUUUGUGGAAGAUUCUGCUAGAAAGACACUUGCUAACAUAUUAUGGCGAGAAGAAGGUCUGGGAAUUGGGAACAUGUUCUAUGUUUUUUAUGAAGAUGGAAUCAAAGUGAUACAGCCAAUAGAAUGUGAAUUUCAGAGGCAUAUUAAGCCCAGCGAGAAGCUCCUUGGAUUUCAGGAUGAAGUUUGUCCCCAAGCUGAAGGGGAUACAGUUCAGCGAUGUGUAUGGGCCUCUGCUGUUAAUGUCAAAGACAAGUUCAUUUAUGUAACUCAGCCUACUCUGGACCGAGUACUUAUUGUUGAUGUGCAGUCCCAAAAAGUUGUUCAGGCAGUUAUCACAGACCCUGUCCCUGUGAAAUUGCACUAUGACAAAUCACACGACCAGGUAUGGGUGCUCAGCUGGGGAAGCCUAAAAAAGACCUCACCAACAUUACAGGUAAUAACGCAGGCCAGCGGCAGUGUUUCUCAUCACACAAUUCACACCCAGCCAGUUGGGAAGCAAUUUGACAGAGUUGAUGACUUUUUCAUUCCUUCUACAACUCUCAUCAUCACCCAUAUGAGGUUUGGAUUCAUUCUUCACAAAGAUGAAGCUGUACUACAGAAAAUUGAUCUUGAAACUCUGUCAUAUAUAAAGACAAUUAGCUUAAAGGACUACAACUGCAUUCCUCAAUCUCUGGCUUACACUCACCUUGGAGGAUACUAUUUUAUCAGUUGCAGCCCUGACAGUACUGGGGCUAUUCCACCCCAGCUCAUGGUGGACAGUGUAACUGACUCAGUCAUUGGAUACAAUGGUGAUGUUAUGGGUACCCCAUAUGUUUCUCCAGAUGGACACUAUCUUGUAAGCAUUGAUGAUGUGAAAGGCCUCAUGAGGGUCCAGUACAUUACCAUAAGAGGAGAAAUCCAGGAUGCAUUUGAUAUUCACACUAACCUGCAUAUAUCUGAUGUGGCCUUCCAGCCCUCUUUUACUGAAGCCCACCAGUACAAUGUCUAUGGCAGCUCAGGCAUGCAAACAGAUGUGCUCUUUGUAGAACUUGCCUCUGGGAAGGUUAAAAUGAUCAAGAGCCUCAAGGAGCCUUUAAAGGCAGAAGAAUGGCCUUGGAACAGAAAAAACAGGUUAAUCAAAGACAGUGGGCUCUUUGGCCAAUACCUGAUGACACCAUCCAAGGAAUCCCUAUUUAUCUUAGAUGGACGACUCAAUAAGCUAAACUGUGAGAUCACUGAAGUAGAGAAAGGAAACACAGUCAUUUGGGUUGGAGAUGCCUAA